AUGAUGCAGCAGCAGUACGCUGCUAGCGAGGCUCGCAUCGACGCGCUCGCUUCUCGGCCAACAGCGGCACGAAAGCAUCAGCCACCAAUUUACCAAGGCAAUCUCGAUGAAGAUCUCGAGCUUUGGUUUUUCGCGAUGGAACAAUAUUACGCGGACUAUCACCCACAGAUGACGGAAAAGUCUUCUCAGUUUGUGACUAUGGCGUCUACUCAUCUGGGAGUGACCCCACGCAACUGGUACCGUCAAUUUUCGCUGGAAUGUGAAGCCUCGGGUCGAGUGAAGUCGUGA